AAAGAAAAUAAAAGGGGAAGGAGGGGUGUGAGGGGGAAGACACGGUGCUGUACUUUAUUUGGUUUUAUUUUAUUGGCGGGAGGGGGCAUUUCCCCCCUUUUGUAGCAGAUAAUGAAUUCAAACGUGAGAUUGGUGGCAGCAGUAGCAAACACGACACGAGUAACAUAUGGCAUUAAAAAGCAGCACAGCUGGAGGUAGCUUUUCCAUUUGAAGUGAUGUCAGAGCAGCUGACAGUCUGGCAUUGCUAGGUUUUUUUGUGUGAUCUUGCUCCGUGUGCCGGUAUCAUUCCUCUUCAGUCUGCUUUUUUAAACUUGACAGACCAGAGUCACAAAGAUUUAGCGCACCAUUGAAGGUGUUCUUUUGGGGACUGAUCAAGAGAAGUUGAUCUGUUUAUAUUCCUUUUGCAGGUUAUGAAGGCAGUAUGGAGUUUCCCGACCACAGCAGACAUUUGCUCCAAUGUCUGAGUGAGCAGAGGCAUCAAGGUUUUCUUUGUGAUUGCAACGUCUUGGUUGGGGAUGCCCAGUUCCGCGCUCAUCGCGCUGUGCUGGCUUCGUGCAGUAUGUACUUCCAUCUCUUUUACAAGGACCAGCUGGACAAAAGAGACAUUGUUCAUCUGAACAGCGACAUUGUUACAGCCCCAGCCUUCGCCCUCCUCCUGGAAUUCAUGUAUGAGGGGAAACUCCACUUCAAAGACCUGCCUAUUGAGGACGUACUUGCAGCUGCGAGUUACCUUCACAUGUACGACAUAGUCAAAGUCUGCAAAAAGAAGCUGAAGGAAAAAUCCACCGCAGAGGCGGACAGCACCAAGAAGGAAGAAGACGCCUCCAGCUGCUCGGACAAGGGAGAGAUCUCCUCCGUGAGCAGUGCACAUGCAGUGGGGGAGCUGGCCAGCGAGGAGGAUGAAACGGAGGAGGAGAAGCUGAGCGCCGCAGUGUCGAGCAAAAGGGACUUGGUCAUUGAAUCUGGGAACAUGUGGAUGAGGUUACCCUCUGACUCAGCAGGCAUCACUCAGCCUGGCGUGGAGGUUGAAGCACAGGCAAUAACAGCUGGGAAAACAGUGUCCAGUCCCUGUAGCUCAACAGGGCCUUUGUCCCAGAGGUCUGUCAGCUCCAUUAAGGAUUCAGCAGAUGUUGACUGUGUGCUGGAUUUGUCUGUCAAGUCUGGGCUGCCAGCAGGAGAAAAUGCCAGCCACCCUUAUGUCUCACCGCAUGAAGACGGCCCCAGAAACAACCUGAUCCAGGUUAAAGUAGAGAAGGAAGUGUUUUCAGAUGGUGAAGGCAGCAGCACGAAUGACUUUGACAUGGAUCAAAGUGGCACGGUGAAGGACAGCGGAAACGCAAUGAACAGGGUUCAUUAUGACUCACUCCAUGUGUCUGCCAGAAGAGAAGCCUCCGUCUCGAGCGAGAUGGACCGAGAGGAUCGAGCCAGCGACGACGAGAUGAUAACCCCCGAGAACGACGGAGCCCAGAUGGAAGGAAACAUGGACAGCAGCUUGCUCCCUUACUGCUCCAACAUACUUGGCUCCGCCGGCCAAAUCUUCAUGUGCCCCCUGUGCAACAAAGUCUUUCCCAGCCCGCACAUCCUGCAGAUCCACCUGAGCACGCACUUUCGAGAGCAGGACGGCCUCCGGAGCAAACCUACCACCGACGUCAACGUCCCCACCUGCUCGCUGUGCGGCAAGACUUUCUCGUGCAUGUACACCUUGAAACGGCACGAGCGAACUCAUUCAGGGGAAAAGCCGUACACCUGCAGUCAGUGUGGGAAGAGCUUCCAGUAUUCGCAUAAUUUGAGCCGGCACGCAGUGGUUCACACCCGGGAGAAGCCACACGCGUGUAAGUGGUGUGAGCGCAGGUUCACGCAGUCGGGUGACCUGUAUAGACACAUCAGAAAAUUUCACUGUGAGCUGAUAAACACUCUCUCUGUUAAAACAGAGUCUCUUAACUUGCCUGCAAUGCGAGACUGGACCAUAGAAGACAGCUCGCAAGAACUCUGGAAAUAAAACCUAGCUGUGGAACGUUCUAAAAAUCAAGUUUCUGGUCAUCUCUUCUGCAGCUUUUUAGGCACUGAGUUCUCUCAAUAAAGUAAUAACUAUAAAUACUGUUUAUCACAACACAGUCUACAAAAGUGAGAUUCUGUGAUUCAUAAUGCAACAUAAGAAAUCCAAGAUUGGAACGCAGUUGAGUGCUGUGGAUGCCCAGUUGUUCAAGGCUGAGAUUGAUAGCUCUUUGGACGCUGAAUCGAGGUUUAUGAAAAUCCAGCAGGUUGAGGAUUCGACGUGAUUUUACUGAAUGGUGGAGUACCAUUAAGGGACGGUGUUUGAGUGCGAUCUUAUUUCCUGUUAAACAUCUUGAAUAUUACACUCUUUUGCAUUGAAAUUAAUAUUGCAUGUUUUAAUCUCUAAAUUUACUAGGAGCAACUAACACUUCCAAAAUUCUAUUUUCCGUAAAUUUUCAUUUCACAAAGUCCAAAUAAUAAAUGAGGAGGAACGGCUGAGCUGAGCAAAGGGUUGGCGGUUACUCUAGUCACAGUUGGUAGUGAAGCAAAGCAUUUAUAUAGCACCUUGGAUAACUCCCAAAGCAUUCUGAAGUAUACUUAAGCUGAUGAAGUAGGGAUGAGAUGUAAUCUCUGCUGUAAUGUGGGAAACACAAUUCACUCACAUGGGCCAGCAUAAUAUGGCCAGGCUAAAACCAAAAGAGCGGUUUCUUUGUGGUGGAGUUGGAUUAGUUGAGAUUAACUUCUCCAUAGGACUGGAAAACAAUUGUCAGAUUUAGUCAACUGUUAACUAUAAACAUUACAAUUAAGCUGCCUGUCACUUAGUUUUGCUUAACGCAAUCUUGUGAACUAUGUUUUAUUUUACAUUCUCCCAGGCACGCUGCCAGAUGGAUCGCUGACAUCAUUUGGUUUGUUGUGCUUGACUUGCACCUUCUGCUGUCCAUUCACAAGCUGGAAGUCCAAAGCCUAAAGCCUAGGCCAUCUUGCACCUUCUGCUGUCCAUUCACAAGCUGGAAGUCCAAAGCCUAAAGCCUAGGCCAUCUUGCACCUUCUGCUGUCCAUUCACAAGCUGGAAGUCCAAAGCCUAAAGCCUAGGCCAUCUUGCUUUAUCCUGCUGGAAGUGGAGGGGUGGGUAACAAAGUGUUUCAUGCAGGAAGAAAAAUAGGCUAAGUAAAGCACUAAUCCAAAACUAAGUACCAUAACUGUAAUCAUUCAUUACAAAUUGUGACUCUUUUGAAAUAUUUAUGAUGUGAUGAUCAACCUAGCAGUAUUUUUAAAGGAGAUUUUAAUUUGUGCUAACCACUACACUACUGUGGGCCUGUAAGCAGUUUGUACGUUCUCCCUGUGACUGCGUGGGCUUCCUCCGGGUGCUCCGGUUUCCUCGAACAGUCCAAAAGACAUAUAGGUUAGUAGGUUAAUUGGUCAUGCAAACUGCCCCAUAAUUAGGCUAGGAUUAAAUUGGGGGAUUGCUGAGAGGCAUGGCUUGAAGGGCCAGAAGGACCUAUUCUGCGCUGUAGCUCAAUAAAUAAAUUACAAAUUCUCCAACCAGGUGUUAACAAAAGAAUCCUUUCAAAUCAAUACAUAUUAGAGAAGGAGUCUUAAUAAUUAUCAAGGUACUGAACUGCUAUACCAGGGGUUCCCAACCUGGGCUCCACGGACCUCUUGCUUAACGGUCCAUGGCAUAAAAACAGUCGGGGCCUCUGUGCUAUACUGAAAUAGCUAAGAUUGGGACCUAAGUGCAAGAAAAUCAGAUUUAAAUUGUGCGAUACCUUCAAAGAAAGUACAAGAGGAAAUAUUUCUUCAAUGUUAGCAGCACUGAUGAGAUCCAUUUGUCAAUUUAAGGUAUCUAUUUAACCAUGCUCCAGUAUGAUACAACACUCCUAAUAGUAAGUGCAAGCAACUGCCAAAAGGACUGUUUGUCUGAUGAAGCAGUAAUAUCAGCGUAUAAUUAUCUCUGGCCGAUAAUUUGAAAAUUGUAACAUAUUGAACAAUAAAAACUCAGUUAAAAUUUGCCUUUGAAACAUUACUUGAGGAUCAUUUGACUCUCUCCCAUUUGGUGAAAACAUUUAGUUUUAAUGGGUCCCUUUCCAACUAGGUGGUCCAUGGGCUUUGAUUCAAGGUACAACAAGCUAGGAGUGCUACUAAAUAACAACACCUACAGGUUUCGAAAGGAAUUAAAAUUAGUACAAUUCAUUUCAGCUCAAUUCCCUUGCAGUCCUGGGAGCUUACUGGAAAUUUUGUGCAUGAUCAAUGACUGAAACCCUGCCUGUGGAAUUCUCCUGAGUUGAGCGGCAUAUACCACUCACUCCAAGAGCAAUGUUUGAGAAGACGGGUAAACUUACUGCAGGUAUUUAACAGGUAUUUUCAAUGCAAUUGUAGAAUAUGUUGUGGAAGGUAAUGAAAAUGGGAAAGGCAUAACCUUUAUGUCCAUCAUUGAAACAUAUGAUUUCCCCAGGCCUAUUCUUGUCAAUGGCUGUUCUUUCAACUACAGGUUGCAUCUGGUUGACAAACAAGGGAGUGACUGUAUUACACAAAGGGUUAAAAGAGGAAUUCCAUUUUGCUUUGUUUACACUAAUGAGGGUCAACCUUACAGAAGUGUUUAUAAUUAUGAGAAAUAAAGGUAAGUUGUAUCACAGCAGCCUUUUCUUUAGCGUAGGGGAGUACAAAACUAGGGGGCAUAGUUUUAGGCCUCCAAGAGCACCACAACCUUGUGGUAGGGUUUGGAUGCUCGCGUCCUUCACUUACCCAGAGAGCUACGUCAGCUGGAGUUAGGGCCUUGAGCCUCGGCUUAUGGUAGGAUCACCCAUGCUGAGCAGGUCAAUGUGCAGAGACCAAACUAAGAAUGGUCCACCAUUCCUUCAGGUUCGAGGGUUCAGCUCAGGGCUAACAACCCCGACUGGUCAAAAAACAGUUGCUACAGAAGCAGCAAUGAAGAAUCGUUCUAUACGGACUGAGAUGGAGGACCAUUAUUGCUGACCUAAAUGCCAAAGGCUUAACAGGCAGUAAGUAAACGGUAGUUUUAGGGUGAGAAGGGAAGGUGAAAGGGGGAAGAUUUAAAAGGUGCAGACACUGGUGAGAAUAUGGAGUUGAAGUGUUGAGGCAGGUACAGUUAUAUCAUUAAGAGGUACUUGGAUAGGUAAAUGGGGCUUAGAGGGAUUAUGGGGCAAACGCAGGAAAUGGGAGCUAGCUGAUGGACACUGUAGUCGGCAUCGGCAAAGGGCUUGUAUCUACGCUGUACUGCUCCAUGGCUCUAAUGGAUCAACAAUGAGAUCCCAGGGGUGUGAAAUUUAACGUUUCUUGCCAUCUUAUUCAACUGGUGCCAAUUGGAUGCAGCAUAAAAUAAUUAUAUAAAUAGGAAGAGAAAAUAUUUUGCCAAGUUUAGCUACAGGCACAUGCAGAUUUAUUUCAAAUGGAACAUGCAGAAAUAUUUCAUGUGGAAAUCUGGAAUUCAAUUUUUCUUCCCCAAGAAACCCUUCCUAGCUGUGUUCCCACAUUAGCUGUAAUAUUUAGCCAGCUGUGCAAUGUUUGUAUUGCCUGCUGCAGCAACUGUGAUAUUUUGUCAUACCCAGAUCAACUGCCUCAUGAGAAAAAUUAGCGCUACUGUUGAAUCUGUUCUGCUGGAAUUCCUUGAAGCCAGCAUAAACAACAAUUUGUAUUUAUAUAGCGCCCUGAGCAUAAAACAUAUCGAAUCGUUUUACACUGAACCCAACAAGGAGAUAGUCAAAGUCCCGUUGGGAGAGGUAGGUAUGUGGGGGAGGUGGCAGAGCUAGAGAUGAGAGGCAAUCCAAGGAAAAACUUUCCAGAAAUCCAGAGACAGACAGCAGAAGUACGACGAUCGACGGACAGGUAGAAUCGGAAGAGUUAAAAGCCGUGGAGGGUUGAAGGGCUGGAUAAGAUUUGGAAAUGGAAUAUAGUUAAUUCAAGGGAAAAGUUGUUUGUUGGCACAGACCUGGUACUAAAUAUGGGGCCUUCCAGUAGGAAAUGACAGGAGCAUAUCCCAUAAACAAAAGAAAUUCUGUAGAUGCUGGAAAUCUAGAGUAACACAUACAACUGCUGGAAGAACUCGACAGAAUAGACAGUUUCUAUGGGAAGGAACAUUGAACCCAUGAAGACUGCCUCACUACUUUCUUUUAUUUAUUUCUGUUUUUGCACUACCUAUUUUAACUUAACUAUAUGUAUAUAUAUAUUUACUGCGAUUCUGUUUUUUUCCUUUAAUUAUCAUAUAUUGCAUUGUACUGCCGCUGCAAAGUUAACAAAUUUCACAACAUAUUCCAGUGAUAUUAAACUUGAUUCUGAUUCUGAAUAAAGAGUUGAUGUUUUGGGCCAUGCUAAUGAAGGUCUCAGCUUUGAAAUGAUGACUCCUUUACUGAUCUGCUGAGAUCCUCCAGUAUUUUACAUUAAGAAUGUCCCACCUGUUUUAACCAAGUGGAGAGACUCAAAUGGUCCCCAAAAAUUCUUCUUAAAGGCAAAUUUUAUCUGUAUUAAUAUUUUUGUUGAUGUAUUGAUUGAAGUAUUUAAUUUCCCUCAGAAAAGUGAAAUUAUACUUUUGUCCUAAUGUCUCCAUGUUGUCCAGUUAGGACAUUUCCAAAGGUUAAUUUAGCUCUUGACAAGUUCCUGUCCCCUCUCAAAUACAGAACAUAAUAUAAAUGGUAUUAUAGAUUAGCACAGAACUGGCCAACAGUGUUAUUUCCAAAAUGAUUAUUCUCUCUGGUGGUCCUGCUCUUUUAAUUUUGAGUUGAUCAAUUGUCUGGUCACAGAGCGAAGUUUGUGGAUGACAAGAAGUUAUAGAAUGUAGAAUAUAGAACAUGAGCCCUUUGUCCCACGAUGUGCUGACCUUUUAACCUUCUCUAAGAUCGAUCUCACACAUCCCUCUCACAUAACCCUCUAUUUUUCUAUGAUCCAUGUUCCAAGUCGUGAACUAUCAUCCUUAUGAAUGUCUUUGCCUUCUGUGCUAUGAGGUUAAGCAAGGGCUGACACCAAAUACUUAUGCAGAAAACCAUGCAAAAAGAGGCUGGCACCUACUCAGAACUAUCAGUUAUUUGGAUUUUGGUAGAACAAGCAAGGUAAAGUGAAAAAAAACAUGGAGGUAGUCCUUCUAAGAAAGGCUCAAUUGUAAGGCAAAGCCUUGAGGAUGGUAACUUCUAGAUUUCUGUAUGAGGGAUGGAUCUGAAACUGAGCUAAAGAGAUCAGGAAAGAGUGGGGGGGGAGAAGGGUUUCAAAGAGGUGUUAGAACCAGUUCCACAAUAUAGAGAGAGAACUGAAAAGUUAG